AUGUUUGGGUCUGCUGAUCUGAAGCUGUGCAGCACUGCCCUCCUGCUGGUCCUGGGACUGCUCGCCAACACCUUCAACCUCUUGGUCAUGCUGGUGCAGCGGUGGCGGUCCGGAGGCCUGAAAACUGUGGCCCUCAUCAUCUGCUUCAUCUCACUGGGCAACGCCCUGCUGCAGAUCUCCACCUUCGCCCUCGUGGCCUCCGUCUGGGCCGGGGUGCUCUGCUGGCCGGACCUACCUUUCUUCUUCUGUGUCGUCCUGUUUGUGUGGCUCAGCAGCAGCUCCGUUAGUUUCUGGUCCGUAGCCUGGCUGAGCGUCCUCUACUGCAUGAGGGUGUUGAGCUUCUCCUCGGCUCUAUUCAGAGCGCUCAAGAAGAACAUCUCAACCAUCCUGAACGUCAGCCUGGCGGUGACCUUACUGACCUCCUGCGUGAUGUUCACCCCUUUCUUCUACCUCCAUUUCCAAAGCAAAACCUUUGUCCCAAACGAUAUGACAGAGAAAGCGGCUUGCGUCAUCAGGAAGCCCCGGUUUCCUGCCUGGAUUAAUGUCAAUGUCUAUGUGAUCAUCUUCAUCUGCUACCUCACCCUGAUGCCCUUGAUGAUCAUGCUCCCGACGUCGUUGAGGCUGGUCGUCUACCUCUGCAAACACACCUCGUCCAUGCGGAAGAAGCGGAGCGGCUCUCACGCGGCAGAGUCGUACCUGCUGGUCUGCAGGCUGACGGUGGCUCUGGUCUGGGUCCACCUCACCACGCUGCUCACCAUCUCCCUCUACUAUUUCCAUGCGAUCUUUGCCUCUGGGCUGAGCACACACCUGCUCUUCCUUGGCUUGUCAUUUUAUUCCGUGGCUUCAGCGAUCCUCCUCACCUGCUCCAACAGAAGCCUGAGAGAGAAGCUCCGAGUGCUGCUCUGCAGGGGAAAGACCGGAAACACACCGGCCAGGAGUCCUGAAAACGAGAGUGGAGUAAUAGCGCCAGUUUGA